CAGACGGCCGCCAUCUUGUUUAGCGGAAAAGAUUUUCUUUUGGUGACCUCGGCUUUUCUUCGUUGUCUGUCAUGUCCGACCUUGUCGAAAGCGAAGCAGAAGAAUCCCUAGAUGAACUACUUUCAAGUGCUAGUGAGGAAGAGGAGGAAGAAAAUGAGAACCGAAACGAUGGAGACUUAAAGGAUUUGAUCAAUGACGAAGAAGAGGAAAGUGCAGCGAGUGACGAAGAAAUAAGCGAGUCUGGAAAAAGCAACGACAAUGAAGAAGAAGACGACGACGACUCUGAUAAACGGCACGGAAGAAAAAGAGGAAAUAGAGAUGCGGAAUUGGACGAAGAAGACUUGGAUUUGAUACAGGAAAACUUGGGAAUACGUCUACCAAAGAAAAAGUUCCAUCGUCUGAAGAAAGUCAAAGUGCUUGACAGCUCUGAUGAAGAUGAUGAAGGCGAAGGAGUAGAGUCUGUACAAGAAAGGGAGACUAUAGCUAAUGAGUUGUUUAAAGGUGGUGACGAUGAACGAGAAAUAAGUCGUGACUUCACAGAACCUGUGGUACCAGCUGUGGACUCUACAUAUGCUGAUAUAGAUGAAUCUGAAUCAGAGGAAGAUGAAUUUGAUAAUUUUAUUGUUGAUGAUGAUGGAAAACCAAUUAAACAUCACCAUCCGAAAAUAAAGAGAGUAAUGAUAGAUGGAGAACAUGACUCAGCCUUACAAGAAGCACAAGACACAUUUGGAUUGGACUUUGAUUUUGAUGAAUUUGAGAAGUUUGGACAAGAAGACUAUGAUGAUGAGGAGGAUUAUGAAGAUGAAGAAGAAGAAGCCCGAAUAGGCUUGAGAAAAGCCAAGCGCAAAGCAGCCAAGAAAUCUAUUUUUGAGGUGUUUGAGCCAAGUGAGUUGGAGAAGGGUAUGUUAACGAGUAGAGAUACAGAAAUCAAAACCUCUGACAUUCCUGAGAGAUUCCAGCUGCGAGAUGUGCCAGUCAAGCCAGCAGAAGACAGUGAGCUUGAAGAAGAAGCAGAAUGGAUCUACAAGUAUGCAUUUCUYGAACAAACCAUCUCACAGCAGAAUGUUGAUGAAAAAGGCAUACAAACUGGUGAAGCCAAAGCUACUAAACCUCACUCUGCUAUUGGUAAAAUACAAGAGGCUCUUAACCUCAUGAGAAAUCAGUUAUUUGAGGUGCCAUUCAUAGCCAAUUACAGAAAGGAGUAUGUGGAGCCUGAGUUGAAUGUCGAUGAUCUCUGGAAAAUAUGGGAAUGGGAUGAAAAGUGGAUUCAACUUCGUACAAGAAAGGAUAACCUUCAUCGACUGUUUGAACAAAUCCAAGAAUAUCAGUUUGGAAAAGUCAGGGAAAACAGUGAACUGCCGCUAGAGGAGGACACCAGAAUACUGCAGCCAGAAGAUAUUGACAGGCUGGAUGCUGUGCAAACAAUUGACCAACUCAAAGAUGUGUAUAGUCACUUCAUGUUGUACUACGGCAACGAUAUCCCUGCCAUGCAGGAGGCCAACAGGAGAAAGGCUAAAGAAGAAAAGGAAGCCAGGCAAGAAGGUGAAGAAGAAGACAAAGAAGAGCAAACCAAGACAGAGGAACCUCCAAAGCUGAAGAAACCAAGAAAAAGAGAUUUGUAUACCAUCUGUAUAGAAGCAGGUUUAGGAGGACUGGCAAGGAAGUUUGGUCUGACUCCUGACCAGUUUGGUGAAAACUUGAGGGAUAACUAUCAACGGCAUGAAACAGAACAACACCCCAUGGAUCCUGGAGUAGCUGCAGAGAGCUACUUAACAAGUACAUUCUCAACCACUGACCAAGUAAUGGAAGGUGCAAGGCAUGUAGUGGCCAUGCAGAUUGCUAAAGAUCCCCUUGUACGACAGUGUGUAAGAGAGACUUUCUAUGAAAGGGCUAAGUUAACUGUUAGUCCAACAAAGAAAGGCAAAAAGGAAAUAGAUGAAUCUCAUCCCUGUUUUUCUAUCAAAUACUUGAAGAAUAAACCUGUCAGGGAUUUAAGAGGAGAUCAGUUUUUAAGGUUGUCAUUGGCAGAGCAGGAUAGGUUGCUAACAAUAUCAAUAUCAAUUGAUUUUGACAACAGACAAGGUUAUCAGACUUACUUUGAUGAAGUAAAGCAGCUUUACCAUAGAGAUGAAUUCAGUCUCUUGGUACAAGAGUGGAAUGCUCAACGUUACCAAGCUCUCAUGCGUGCUUUUAACCAGAUGUUAUAUCCUGUACUAGAAAAAGAACUGAAGGCCAAGCUAUUGCAGGAAGCCAAGGACUUUGUCAUCAAGUGCUGUCAGAAACGGCUACGUUCCUGGAUAGAGGUAGCACCAUUCCAACCAGAGCAGCAGCAUGAAGAUCAAGACUAUGAUGACCAGAUGAGUGGAGAUGGCCUGCGUGUACUGGCUUGCUCCUUCCUACCAGAUCCAUCAGUACCAGCAUUCUUUGCCAUGUUAGAUGGAAGCGGACAAGUAUCUGAUUAUCUACGUCUGAAGUAUCUGCUCACUAGACGCAACACCUCAAACACCAGGGAAAAGGAGAUGAAGGAAAAAGACAUGGAAACACUGAAGGAGUUUAUUCUGAAGAAGAAACCAGACGUCAUAGCAGUAGGGGCAAUAAGCAGAGAAGCCAUAUCUGUCGUGGAGGACAUCAAGAUGUGUUUAGCUGAGCUGGAACAAGAAAACCAAAUGGCUCCUAUCGGCGUUGAACUGGUGGAUACUGAAGUGGCUCGUAUAUACCAGGCAUCACCAAGAUCAGAUAAUGAAGUGCGCGAGUACCCACCUGUACUGCGUAAUGCCAUUUCUAUUGGACGGCGCAUGCAAGAUCCUCUAGCUGAGUUUGCAAGUCUUUGUGUGGAAGAAGAUGAAAUGUUGUGCAUCAAAUACCACCCUUUUCAGGAUCAAGUUGAUAAAGAGCAUUUGAUCAAAGCACUGCAUGAAGAGUUGGUCACUCUAGUCAAUGAUGUUGGUGUUGAUCCUAAUCGUAUCUUGAAUCACCAACACACUGUUGCUCUAUUGCAGUUUGUCUGUGGAUUAGGGCCCAGGAAAGCAUCAACCCUCAUAAAGGGUCUUCGCCAGCAAGGAUCAAAGCUAGAGAACAGAUCCCAGCUGGUAACUGUCUGCAACCUUGGCCCAAAGAUAUUCCUGAACUGUGCAGGAUUCAUUAAGAUUGAUACAACAGCUAUCAGUGAUACAAGUACAGACUAUGUAGAAGUACUGGAUGGUUCAAGGGUCCAUCCUGAGACAUACGAAUGGGCCAAACAGAUGGCUGUUGACGCUUUAGAAUAUGAUGAUACAAACGAGGAAGCUAACCCCUCAGCAGCCCUAGAAGAGAUUCUAGAAACGCCUGACAGACUUAAGGACUUGGACCUUGAUGCUUUUGCCGAAGAACUAGAAAGACAGAACUACGGCAACAAGAAGAUUACUCUAUAUGACAUACGGGAUGAACUGUUUGGUCGCUAUAGAGACCGCCGCGUGCCRUUCCGAUCCCUCUCUAUUGAAGAAGUAUUUAAACUACUUACUGGGGAGACUCCAGAAACUUUGUAUGUUGGUAAACUAGUUGUGUGUACAGUGACGGGAUUUGCCUUCAGGAAGCCACACAGAGAUAUGAUUGACCAAGCAAAUCCUGAGAGAAAUGAUGAGACAGGAUUGUGGCAGUGCCCUUUCUGUUUGAAUAAUGAUUAUCCUGAGCUAAGUGAGGUAUGGACACAUCUUGAUAAUGGUAGCUGCCCUGGUCAGGCAGUAGGGGUACGGACACGCCUAGAAAAUGGUCUAUCAGGGUUCAUACCUACUAAGAUGAUUAGUGACAAACACAUCAAGUCACCACAAGAAAGAGUUAAGGUUGGUAUGACUCUCCAUUGUCGAGUGACUCGCAUCAAUAUGGAACGAUUCCAGUUGGAUCUAACAUGUAGAACAUCAGAUCUUUCAGAUAAAGAUUCCAAGUUCAGUCUUCCUAAGGAUUUAUAUUACGACAAAGAAUCUGAAGACAAGGACAAGAGAGAAGAAGAGAUGGCAAAGAAAAAAGCUAAUAGACCAAAAUACAUCAAGAGGGUCAUUGUUCACCCGUCAUUUCGCAAUAUCUCAUUCAAAGAGGCCGAGAAGGUCUUGGCUGACAUGGAACAGGGAGAGUGUAUCGUCAGACCAAGUAGUAAGGGGUCUGACCACUUGACGGUAACAUGGAAGGUGGAACAAGGUAUCUACCAGCAUAUUGAUGUCAGAGAAGAAGGAAAAGAGAAUGCCUUUAGUUUAGGCCGGUCACUAUGGAUUGAGAAUGAGGAAUUUGAAGAUCUAGAUGAAAUUAUUGCUCGGCAUAUACAGCCUAUGGCCAGCUUGGCACGUGAAGUGGUAACCCACAAAUAUCACCGUCCMGCAGAUGGAGGAUCCAAACCAAAGCUAGAAGAAUUGCUUGUGGUGGAAAAGAAAAAGGCUCCCCAACGUAUCCCAUACUUCAUCUCUCUCUCCAAAGCAUACCCAGGAAAGUUUUUAUUAGGUUACUUACCUCGGGUGAAGCCACGGACAGAAAUGGUUAGCAUCACUCCAGAUGGUUUCAAGUAUCGUAAUCGAGUUCAUAGUUCAAUUAAUGGUCUGUUUAGGUGGUUUAAGGAGCAUUUUAGAGACCCUAUACCAGGCGUAUCUCCUCGUUCCCGCACCACACCCUCAGCCAUGUCUGAGAGUAACACCCCCUACACCCCUGGUGCCACGCCCUUGACAUCAGACAUGGAUGCCAACCAGCUUGUCCUACAAUUGCAGCAGCAUUUCCCAAGAGGAAUAACUGCUGCCAACCAAAAAGUUUACUCUGGAUCCCCAGCCGUCCCCAGGACAGAGCCAGCAAAGCAGACACAACCACCAACAUUUGCCCAGUGGGGAGCAACAUCGUCAUCAUCCAGUGCUCAUCCCCCAGCUGGCUCAAGUGGUGCACAAGCAAAUAUUACACCUCAAGCUUACAGUUCAUCUACACCCCAGUUUGGAUACUAUCAAACACACCAGGACUCUAUCACUACUGCUGUUCAGAACUAUGCUUAUCAACAACAACAGAAGCAAAACUAUAGAAGCUAACACAGUUAUCAGGUUGUGCAUAAAUGACACUGGAUUGUGUUGUUAGUUUUCUCUACAAGAUAAAGUCAAAAACAUUUGAUAUAUUUGUGAGUCAGACAAUACUCGCAAUUCUCUGCACCAGAAACAAAAGACAAGUAAUUAAUACUUCUGGAGUGUCUUGCUUCAUUGCACUACAGGGUGUCAAUUAAUGGUGUCACUGUUAUAGUAAACUAGGCCUAGAUCUUAGGUUUGUUUGAUCAGGAAAUGCAAACGUAAACAUUCAGUUGGUCGUGCUUCUGAAGCAUCAUUUGAUUUGUUCAUUUGGAGCUAUAUAGCAUCUAUACUUGCUCAUUACACAAUAUUAUACAGGUCCAGUGGCCAUGCCUUUAUAAAUGGCCAUGCCUCCUCUAAAGAACAAGAAAACAUUAGUUACAAUCCACAAAGUGCUUGGGGCCCCCGAUUGUCCAUGCAUUGAAGUUCCAGCACCAUGAUGGGGAAAAAAUAGCAACAACAAAAUAUCAUUUCCUUUCAAGAAGUCAUUUGAAGAGGCAUUUUAGCAUAUUGAAUCGAUAAUGAUGGAUGAUGAUUAGUGCAACGGUCAUUCACACCUCACACUACUUUUGAAACAUGGAUGAAUAAUCUACUUAAAGCACUGAAAAUAGCAGCUUUUCCACAGUUGUAAAAAUGGACAUUUUUUUCUCAGUUUGCUUUACUUUCUUUAUCACAUAAAGGUCUGCUGCCAGAUAGAGUGGGUUAUUUUCCAUUCUAUGGUCAAAGCAAUCUCUUACCCUAAGUCUUUCCAGCCAGGAGAUUAUAAUGCUUAAAGUAACAUUGAAAAGAGAGGGCCAUGGGCUUUGUUUGCUCCUCUAAACCUUCCCUGGUGACAGGGCUGAUAUGCUAGCCCAUCAUUAUUCUACCCACAAACAGUUAAAUUUGUCCCACUCAAAUAACAUUAUUUUACAAAAAAAAAAACACAAAAAAUAUUGUACAUGUUGUAUCAUUCAAAGUUGUUAAAAGAAAAAUCUUGUUUAAACAAGAUCCAAAAAUAUGUGUACAGGUAUAUAUAAUAAUUAAAUAUCUUUUUAAAGUGA